AUGGCAUCCCUUCGCAAAGUUAUUGUUUUCGGUGCAACUGGAAGCGUCGGAUCUGCUGCUGCGCUCAAAGCCUUCCAGGAAGGUGCGAAAGUAACCCUUGCCAUGCGUGAUCCUUCCAAGCCGAUUCCAAGGCUAGACGGUAUUUCAGUUGAAAAGGUCCAGGCAGACCUCACCCAGCCCGAUACUGUUUUCAACGCAGCCCGCCAGAGUGAUGCGAAGACUGCAUUUAUUUAUGCGGUUUGGGGAACAACCGACGGCAUGCGAUCCACCCUUGAGGCUCUCAAAAAGGGCGGUGUCGAAUCUGUUGUUUUCCUCAGUAGCUUCGCGGUCAAGGGAGAUCCCCACGCAAUAAAACCCGCCGACAUAAUAGCCUAUGUCCACGCACAGAUAGAGAUAGCUCUAGCUGACGUCUUUGGCGAUCAGCGGAGUUCCUUGCGACCGGCCUACUUUUCAAGCAAUGUUUUCCAGUACAAAGAUGAGAUUUUGCAAGGUGAAGUUGCUUUACCGAACCCAGAUGUCGAGUUUGACUGGAUCUCACCUGAGGAUAUUGGUGAGGUGGCAGGAUCUAUUCUGGCUCAUGGUUUGCAAGAGAAUGUUAUUCCUCUGGUUGGGCCCGAACGGUUGUCUUUGAAAGACGGUCUAAGUUUGGUUGGAGAUACGCUGGGGAAGGAAAUCAAGACCCCAGUGGUUGGAAAGGAACAGGCUAUUAAGGACAUGCAGCGCAACGGAAAUCCUGAAGGGAUUGCAACUUGGUUUGUAGAGACGGUUACUAGCCCGAAGAGCUUUAUUUGGGAUGCUCCGACCUGGGAGGCAGGUCGGGAUAAUAUUCAGAAGUAUACCCACAAGGCUCCUACGAUGUUUCGGCAGUGGCUGGAUGAUAACAAAGGAUUUUUUGCAGCUUAA